AUGAUAAAAGUAAACGAUAGGAACUUCUAUUCAAAACAUCUUAAAAUUCCAGAAUGUGUGACUAUUGAUAUCCGACCCUGUUUUAUGGGAUUUUAUUCUAAAGAUGAAAAAAGUAGUCUCGCAUAUUACUUAAAGAAGUGUAACCUUGACAAUAAAGUAGAUUUGCCUAUUCACCACAUGAACAAAUAUUAUGAGAUGGCAUUCAAGGAAACAAAUGCCACAACGGCUGAGCAGAUGCAUGAAGUAGCCAAAUACUGCAUUAUCAACGCUCUUAGUUACCAGCGAUUAAUGGUAAAGCAUAAUGCAAUUAAUAAGUAUAGAGAGGUAGCAUCCGUAGCCUUCUUGUCAUUAUUUGAUGCAUAUUAUUUUGCGGGAGAAACUGGAAAAUUCCCUGAAGCUUAUGUUUUCCCACCAGUAAAGGGUCUCGAAAACAGAUGUCCU